CUUCUGUUUUCAGCUGUUACGUACAAAAGCCGUCGGUGCUCAGAUCAAGAUCCCAAAAAAUCCAAAUGCAAUUCAAGAAAAAGACACCCUUUUGCAUUCACAUUGCCUUUUUCAAUAAAUUUCUUAAUUUGGGUAUCUCAAAAUAACUCUUUAAAUCUCAGUUUUGUUCUAAAUUUCAAAGGUUCUUGAAAAAAAAAAAAAAAGAACUAUGUAUGCUGUAAAGGAUACAGUUUCUGAGAAACUUUCACGUCUAUUUUCAGCUUCACCUUCUAAAUCUGUUGAUCAACAAUCUCAGGCCAGGCCGUAUACCAAGGAGGGAAAAUCUAUCACAUCGAUAUUUUCUUUCCUUCUACCAUCAACAUAUUUUGUGAAUAUAAGAGAUCGAAGAGAGGUCAAACCACUUCAAUCAAAUUCCUAUACUUGGAGAAGUAAAAGUUUCUCGUGGCGCGAUAAACCUCUCGAUAAUUUUGAGGUUCACGAUGAUUACAUACCAGAUAUUCUUCCAGAAAAAGGUGAAAAUGGCUCUAUCCGGAGUUCAAUUUGUGAAAAAAAGGAAACAGUAAAUACAGACAAGGAUAAUGGACAGCCUAAUUCUGCUGGGAGCAUUGCCAGCGGUUCGGAAACUUUUGAAGAUGCUCCUGAUAGACACAGUUUUGACCAGUCCAUGGCCUAUCUCACCACUGAUUCUGUUUUCAUUACUUCACAUUUAUAUGAUUUUUUCCAGUCUGCCCUUCCUAAUAUAGUGAAAGGUUGUCAAUGGAUCUUGUUAUAUAGCACGGCCAGACACGGUAUAUCACUUCGUACUCUUAUUCGGAAGAGCGCUGAUAUUUCUGGUCCUUGCUUGCUGAUUACCGGUGAUAAGAAGGGUGCAGUAUUUGGUGGGUUGCUUGAUGCACCGUUGAGGCCUACUGCAAAGAGGAAGUACCAAGGAACAAAUCAAACAUUUGUAUUCACAACUCUAUAUGGCGAACCAAGGUUAUUUAGACCAACAGGUGCCAAUAGAUAUUUUCAUUUGUGUUUGAAUGACAUCCUGGCACUUGGAGGAGGCGGAAAUUUUGCUUUAAGCUUGGACGGUGAAUUGUUAUCUGGCAGCAGUGGACCUUGUGAAACAUUUGGGAACUCAUUCUUGGCACAUGAUCAAGAGUUUGAACUGAAGAAUGUUGAGCUAUGGGGUUUUGCGCACGCGUCUCGAUACCUCACCGCUUGACAAACCUAAAUUUCUCUUCAUUUAUUUGUUAGCUAUAUUGUAGAAUAGCUAUAUUUAUUUGUUACCUAUAUUUAUUCUUUCAUGUCCAUGAAGCACCUUCCUCCUUUUUAGAGGCUUCCUGCUGUAUAUGGGCCAAUUAUAGCCAAGGAAUGAGAUGAGAUUCUAGCAAUUGAGAGUUGAAAUGCAUGUAGAGUUUUUUUGUCCUUCUAUUUAGCACAUUCUAUCCUUCCAGCCAGGGGAGGCUUUCUAGUGUAUGAUUACUGUGAUAUUAUAUAUACCACAUAAGCUUUUUGAGUA